CUCAAUUCGAACUCUUAUUUUUCCCUUUCUUUCCUUUCCUAUUCUACACCUGUGUUCUAAAUGUACGCGCUUUCAGGAAAAGUCAAAGGGAGCAGGACGCUGACGCAGCUGCACUUGGCCCGAUCUACUACGGUGCGGCUUUACUCGGCGCCAACAGAAUAUGAGCGUGCCCAGCGGCUACGGGCGAUGCUGAAGGCGCGGAGCACAGCCAGCAAAUGGAACAAGGCGCCAGUGCCUCAUGCUGACUCGCAGGUCCGAUCCAACCGGCCGAUCAUUGGCGGCAACGCACGGAAUCACCUCAAAUCGGCGCAUUCGGGUCCGAUCUCUGGGCUGAAAUCGUUCUUCGAGCAAGAAUCAGCCAAGGCUACGGGCAAGGCAGCUGAGCCAGCAGCAAAGGCAGCGCCGACAGAGCCGGCAAAAGAGCUGGCCAAACCAGAGCACAAGGAGAAGCCCACGGCGACAGCUAGCUUCUUCUUCAUGGGUAAGGGGUCAGGGGCGAAGACCGACGUGCUACCGUCGGCAGCGUGGAAAGAGAAGCUCCGGAAGCAGCAAGCGGAAGAAGCUCUGAAGGCAGCACGGGAGGCAAAAAAUGCCGAAGAAGCGGCAGAAGAACAAAAUGGCAGGCAAGAAGCCGCCGGCGCCACAGCGGCGAGAGCGGCGGCAUGUGAGCAGGGCCACGCUGGGGAUGGUGAGGAGCACGAUGGCCUGGAGUUUGGCAGCGGAAUUCUGGCGGCAGAUACCCAUGACGGCAGUCGGCAGGGACCGCGCAGACGGCGGCCAAAGAAAUACAAGAUGCCCAAGAAGGGCCAGGAGGUUAUUCUGCCGCUAUCGCUUACUGUCGAUGGCCUGGCAAAGCUGCUGGACGUGCCAAACGACCAUCUAAUAGAUAAGAUGCGGGGUCUGGGCAUGACGGACAAGCUGGCAAACGACUUUUUGCUGUCCAACGAGGAGGCAGCAGAGAUUGCGCUCGAGUACGACGUGGUGCCGAUUAUCCCCGAGAACAACGGACCGGAGCUAUAUGCCCAGCCCGAGCCUGAGGACAUGUCGGUGCAUCCGCUGCGGCCGCCUAUCGUCACAAUCAUGGGCCAUGUAGACCACGGAAAGACCACACUGCUCGAUACCUUGCGCAACUCGAGCAUCACCGCGACUGAGGCUGGCGGGAUUACACAGCAUAUUGGCGCGUUCUCGGUAGAGAUGAAGGGCGGACAGCACAUCACGUUCCUGGACACGCCCGGCCACGCAGCGUUCAGCGCGAUGCGGGCACGCGGGGCCAACGUCACGGACAUUGUGGUCUUGGUGGUAGCUGCUGCUGAUGGAGUCAUGCCGCAGACCAAGGAGGCGAUCCAGCACGCACAGGAGGCGGAUGUGCCGAUGAUUGUGGCCAUCAACAAGUGUGAUAAGCCUGGUGUGGAUCCGUCGAUAAUCAAGGAGGAGCUGCUGCAGUAUGGCGUGCAGGUCGAGGACUUUGGCGGCGACAUCCAGGCAGUCCAGAUCUCAGCAUUAAAGGGGACUGGUGUCGAUGAGCUUGCCGAGAACAUUGCGACUCUGGCUGAGGUUCUUGACCUGCGUGCCGAGACAGACAUCCCGGUGCAUGCGUCGGUGAUCGAGUCGCAGCUGGAGAAGGGCCGCGGAAACGUUGCAUCGGUGCUGGUGAGCCGCGGAACGCUCCAGGUGGGUGACGUUGUUGUGGCUGGAUCUGCGUGGUGCAAGGUGCGCAGCAUGACCGACGACCGCGGCAAGUCGGUCAAGAAGGCCGGGCCGGCAUCGGCGGUCAAGAUCAUGGGGUGGAAGGAGCUGCCCCAGGCAGGCGACUCGGUCCUGCAAGCCACAAGCGAAGCGCAGGCCAAGGAGGUGGUGGACAACCGCGUAGAGAAGCGCAAGAACAAGGAGAAGCUGCUGGAGCUUGCGGCAAUGAACGACCGGCGGCGGGAGAACCACGAGCGCGACGAUAGCGAGCGGGCGCAGGAGAAGGCGUUCAAGCUGGCUGUGUGGGAGUACCACCAGGGAAUCAGAGCCACAUACCCGGACCCGCCUGUCCGCAACAAGAAGGGCGAGGCCCAGGGUGAGGCUGCAGCGCCAGAGAACGACAGCGCUGCUAGUGCUGAGAGCUCGGUCAAGGUUGUCCCGGUGGUGAUCAAGGGCGAUGUGUCGGGGACAGUCGAGGCAGUGUCCGACUCGCUGAAGCAGCUGCCGGACAAGAAAAUCAAGAUCAACGUCGUGCACUCUGGCGUUGGGCCGGUCAGCGAGUCGGAUGUGGUCAUGGCGGGAUCUGCCGGCGAGGGCCUGGUCAUUGCGUUCAAUGUCAAGGCAGACAAGAAGAUUCAAGCGGUGGCCAAGCGCGAGGGCGUCAACGUCAUGACAUUCCGCGUCAUUUACAAGCUGCUGGAGGACAUUGAGGAGCUGCUGGCGUCCAAGCUCGAGCCAUUGCUGGUUGAGGAGGUGCAGGGCGAGGCGGUGGUGCAGCAGGUAUUUGAGAUCACGCUCAAAGGCAACAAGACGACGCAGAUUGCUGGCAGUCGCGUCACUAUGGGCUCGGUGACGAAGAAGGCCAAGGCGCGCGUCAUGCGCAAGGGCAAGGAGAUAUUCACAGGCGACGUCGAGUCGCUGAAGAACGUCAAAAAGGACAUCGCCGAGGCAACCAAGGGCCAGGAGUUUGGUGUCUCGUUCACUGGGUUCGAGGACCUCCAGGAGGGCGAUAUUGUGCAGUCGCUGAGAUUCAAGGAGAUCCCGCAAAAGCUCGAAUAGAAAAGUUCUGAGAUGCGUACUUUUUUCUUUGGAGGUUAUUUACACGGCGACAGGAAGGAGCCGCAUAUUCGCAUAAAGCGCUCACCGCAGAGCCGCCACCGAUGCAAUGCUCUUUGUCUCCUUUACUAUCUCUUUUGCACAGCACUCUUUUCAUUAGAACGACAUCUAG